AUGGACUUCCCAGACGCCAAGCCUGCUGUCUUUGUCCUCAUCGUCAACGAGGAAAAACAAAUUUUACUUGGGCGAAGAAAGGUCGGCCCUCAAGAAGGCACCUUGUCCCCUCCCCUAGGCCCUUUCGCCCCCACCGAACUCAGGGUGUCUAAUAUAAAAAGUGUGGUUUCGAAGGAGACCGGUCUGGGCUUCAACUACACUUCCUUUGUACUGGUAGUUCACCUUUCGAGUGAGCUCCCGCAGAGCAAGGACUAUUUUCCUACGUGGGUAGGGGUCAAACUCCAUCAUGCGAUUGGUCAGAAGGAGCCCAUGACUCCUGAAAGCAGUGCAUACGAAAGUUGGAAAUGGGUAAGCAAGGACGAGCUUGAGAGGUUGUACGAAGAAUAUAAGGCUGCUGAGGAAGACGGGAAGAUAGACGAUUUCAAGGGAGAGAUAUUAUGCCUCACCUUGCGAGUACUGCUAAAGAAUCAAGGUCGUGGCACCCACAGUAUCAACCACUUGUUUGAUAUUCCUUCUGCCUACCCCUCGUUGGAUUCCUCAGGCCUGUAUUAA